AUGAAGGGGGGUACUGAGUCGUCUGCCAUACUCGUUACCAUUUAUUCCAGCAUCGGACCGCUGAUUAGGCACAUCCCCGCCUCCAGCACUGCUACAGCUUGUCAAAGGGGCAACUUGAUUGUAACAGUGCUUUCGCGAUACCAAUUGCCUUCGAGUACAAUAUGGUCGGAGAUUUUUGUCGGCGAGGAGCCGAACUGGAGUGAUCUACCACAAGCUCGGAGUAGAUUUGUUCUAUCGGAUACUAUGCGUACAGGCUCCUGCCAUCAGCCGAGUGGUACCUCUGGUGGAUCUAUCAAUUGCCUCCAAGGAGGAGUUCCAAAUAAUGCUGCCUCUGUUAAACUAUCUAGCCAACUAGAAUCGCAGCACCAUCACCUUUUGGGAAAAUCAGGGCCAGCAUCCGUCAAGCACUCGAGUCAUCGUCAAUUGCAACUCCAGCAGGCCCAAAUUAGUCAUCAUCAUCCUCAGGCUGGCUCGCAAGUC